CUUAAUAUAUAAAGGCCCUAACUCAUAUAGUCGCUAAAAUACAAAAAAGCGUAACUAGAUAAGAAUUCAAAAUUCUCUUUUGAUUUAUUAUGAGGCAUUUUAUCGAAUUAUAAGUCCACACAUCAUAAAAAAUGUUAGUCAGUUACCGCUUUUUUGCAUUUCACCGACUAUAUGAGUUAGGGCCUUUCUAUAUUAAGUUAAUGAGCGUUGGAACUUAAAUAUUGUUCUUUUUUCCGUUAGUGAUGGAAAUCGGUACAAAUGAAUAUGGGCCAAACAAUCAGCGGCUUAUUGAGAAAAUGCUAAAUGGUCGAAACACGGAAUAUCGACAUGCUGAUCGCGUACACUUCAUUUCAUCGAAAGAAGCGACCUCAACAUGUACUAAAUCACCAUUGACACAUAAAAAAGACCUUUCAACCGGGAUGUGGGAAGAUUGCGAACUACUCAGCGAAAGCAAACCAAAUACAAAAGAACUGUAUAGAUCGAAAAGUGAUAAUAGGUUAACGAAACCGAAGAAACCAAAAAUGUCAAUCGACACUGGACAUCUGUGUCAAAGUGAGAAUGUCUAUUCGACCCCAUUUUUCCGCCAGCUGGGCAUAUUGCUCGUGCGCACCUUCCUGCUCAUUUGGCGUGACAGUUCUCUUACCACUAUGCGCUUCGCCAUACAUUUCGCUGCAUCGCUACUCAUUGGCUUGCUUUACUACGAUAUUGGCAACGACGCGGCGAAUGCGAUUAAUGUCUUCCGGUAUGCCUUUUACACGAUAAUGUUCAUUAUGUUCUGCGCUUUUUCGUCCAUUCUUACCAAAUUUCCACUAGAAGUGCCAGUAGUUUCGCGAGAGCAUUUCAACCGUUGGUACUCGCUGCGAGCAUAUUAUAUAGCAAUAACUUUGGCUGAUUUUCCGAUACAACUUAUAUGCACAAGCCUCUUUAUUUUUCCAACCUACUAUUUAACUGGACAGCCAAUGGAAUUGAAGCGCUUCGUAUUAUACUUUACGAUCAUAUUCCUUACAGCUCUAGUGGGUCAAAGCAUUGGACUCUGUGUUGGCUCUGCACUGAGUCUAACUUAUGGUGCUAUAUUUGGACCUUUCUUCAUCUGCCCUUUCCUUGCAUUUUCUGGUUUUUUCCUGCAGCGAAAAGAUUCUCCAAUAUAUUUAACAUUUUUGUUUGAUAUAUCAUUCCUGAGGUACGCGAUGGAUGGUUCAAUGCUGGCGAUCUUCGGCUAUGGACGUGGAAAAUUGGAGUGCAAGGAAAUAUACUGUCACCAUACGCAUCCUUCCUUCUUUCUUCGGGAUAUGGAUUUCGGCCACGCAAAUUAUGAACUCUCUGCCAUUUUUUUACUAUCGCUAUUUGUAGUUAUGAGAAUAGUUGCAUUUUAUGUAAUGUCCUUUAGAUUGAGAUUAUUUAGAUGAUAAAAAAUGCCGUAUACAUACUUACGUCCUCAUAAGAUUUUUAACUAAUUUGCUUUCUACUAUAAUUGAGAUUUGUACCAAGGCAAUUUCAACAAGGUGGGAGUGAUUUCGACAUUUCUCUAUUUUUGUACUGUGGCUGAAAUGUCCAACAUAGGAAAGGAUAUUUCAAAUCGUAUUGAAACCAUUCUUUAUUUACAUUUUUUUUAAUUUGUUGUAAACAGUAAAGUCAGCUGCAAAGAGAGCUAAAUUUGGUUGUCACUUCUACCUAGUAUCUUUAUUUGUACUGAACACACAUGAGCCGUUUAUUUUGGAGGUAGCAUAAGCUAUUUCCCCCUCUUGUCCUUAAAUGGGUGUUUACUUGUAACUAAAUGCAUCUGUAAAUGGUUCUAAAGUUAUAAGCGCUAAUGACCAACUUCGUUACCUUUGGCUGUUGCAAUUGAACGAAUAAUAGACGCGUUCAGAUACAGGUAAAUGAUCUCUAAAGUCAAACGUCACUUUCAAAAUAAACGGCUCACAUAUCGUUCAUUUAAUAAAAGACUGUCACAAUUCUUGAAACGGGGAUUUUAACGUUUUUAGUUCAUAUGUAAUAUGUACAAUAUGUCAAAAAUUCCGUUUUUAAGUUUUAACAGUAUUUUAGUAAAUUAGCGAUACGUAGAUAUGUGUAACUCAAAAUGAGCGCCUUAAAGUAGACAACAAUCAGCUUGCUUUCAAUAUUACAUAUGUAUCUACAUACAUAUGUAUGUAAGAUAAUGAACAGACGUUCCAACCGUUUCUUCAAUUUGAGCAAAACUUA